AUGUCCAUGAGAAACAAAAAAUCAGUUUUGUGGAAUUUCUUUAAUCCCACGUCGGACGAUAAAGCUAGGUGCACACUAUGCAAUCAGAGUAUUAGUUGUAAUACGUCUAUUAGUAAUUUAAAACGCCAUAUGCAAAGAAAACAUCCUUUAGUGCAAAUUUCAUCUGAAGUGUCAACAAAUCGUGCAAUUAUUCUACCGUCCCAGUUGGCUGAAGCUGCACCGCCUCCGUUGCCUGAAAUUGAACUUUCUCCGUCGGAUGAAACUGAACCGUUUCCAUCCACUAAUAGUAUAAUAUGUACAAUUACACAGCCUCAAUCUGCUAAAAUUAAACCAGGAAAUACACUACAAACAAAGUUACCCUAUUUGCGCAAAACUCUUCCUUUACGAGAAAAAAAUAAAAUAGACAAUUCUUUAAUGGACUUGUUUACUAAAGACUUCCAACCGUUUAGUGUAGUUGAGGACGAGGGAUUUAGAAAUUUUACAAAGUGUCUAUAUCCAACCUACGAACUCCCCAAUAAAAAGACAAUUACACAUACAUUGUUGCCUGCAUUGUAUGAGAAAACAUUUACAGAUGUCCAAGAGGAGAUAAAAUAUGUUAAAUCUGUCACAGUUACCACAGAUUGCUGGACAUCAAUAAAUACGGAAAGCUAUAUGGCAGUUACCGUACAUUUUAUAAAUCAGAAUUUUGAUAUUAAAUCAAUUUUACUACAUUGUGCUGUUUUUCCACAAUCACACACUGCUGAACAUUUGGCAGAAGAGCUAAAAAAAAAUAAUUAUGUGGGGGUUAGAAAACAAAAUUUUAUUGGCAGUCUCUGA